UCCCCCUUUUUGCCAAUAUAUUCACUGACCGUCACUUGGUCAGACAUUCAGAGUCAGACUUCAAUUUUUUCCAAUUCUCCUCUGAAAUUCAAUAACAAGAUAGCAGAGAUGAGUGAGCCAGCAACAAUAUGCAGAGAAGUACCUCAACUUCUCACAUCAUUCAUUGAUGCAUUUGUUGAUUACUCUUUUAGUGGAUUCAUCUUACCACAAAAACCAAAACAAACCCUAACUUCAAUUCAAACUAGAUACACUUCUCCUGAUCGUCUUAUAGCUAUUGGAGAUCUUCAUGGAGAUUUAGAAAAAUCUAAACAAUCCUUUAAACUUGCUGGAUUAAUUGAUGAUUCUGAUCGAUGGACUGGUGGUAAUACCACUGUUGUUCAAAUUGGUGAUGUACUUGACCGUGGUGAUGAUGAAAUCAAAAUCCUUUAUUUUCUUGAGAAAUUAAAGCACGAAGCUUUGAAAUCUGGUGGAUUGAUUAUUACAAUGAAUGGGAAUCAUGAGAUUAUGAAUGUUGAUGGUGAUUUCAGGUAUGUUACACCAGCUAGUUUGAAUGAAUUUAGGGUUUGGACUAGUUGGUUUAAUAUUGGUAAUUCUAUGAAAAAUUUGUGUAGUGGAAUUGAUAAUAAACAGAAUGAUAUUUAUAAGGGGGUUCCUAAUGUUUUUCCUGGGAUUAGGAAAGAAUUUCAUCAAGGAUUUAGGGAUAGAAUUGCUGCAUUGCGUCCAAAUGGCCCUAUUUCUGGACGAUUUAUUUCGGGGAAUCCGACUAUUCUUGUUAUUGGUGAUUCAGUUUUUGUCCAUGGAGGGCUGUUGAAAAACCAUGUAGAGUAUGGGUUAGAGAGGAUUAACAAUGAAGUAAGAGAUUGGGUUAAUGGGUUGAAAGGGAGAAUUUCACCAGGUUAUCUUAGAGGAAGAGAUUCUGUGGUCUGGCUGAGGAGAUUUUCUGAAGAGAAGGCCAAGAAUUGUGAUUGUUCAGCUUUAGAACAUGUUCUUGCAACGAUUCCUGGUGCAAAAAGAAUGAUUAUGGGUCACACUAUACAGCAGGUAGGGAUUAAUGGUGUAUGUGAGAAUAAGGCGAUUCGGAUUGACGUGGGCAUGUCAAAAGGAUGUGGUGAUGGUAUACCUGAAGUUUUAGAGAUAAACAGAAACUCAUCUGAGUUAAGGGUGUUGACGUCUAACCCAGCAUUUCUGGCUAGAAAAUACAGCAAUCCCGCAAUCAAAACUGAUGGCCAGAAGGAAGGUCUUGGACUUCUGAUCCCUCGGCAUCAACCUAAACAAAUUGAAGUGAAGAGUUAGCUCUUAAGAAAAUGAGUACUUGCAAAUGGGUUUCUUGUGAAUUAUAUAAGUAAUGUAAUGAAUCCCUUACUCAGAGUUGAUUGAUUGAAGUAGACUUGGUAAUUUAAUAAAAGCAUACUUAUUUAUUUGUGGUUGACACUUGACACACAUUAGAGGAGGGCAAUGUUCUGCCGAUAGAGUAUUGAUGUAUGAUGUUUUAGACUUCUUCGCAGAUCUGACUUAGUAACUGAGGAUGUCUUCUUUUUAUUCUAUUUGAGGUUAAUCCGUUUUGGAACAUGCGUAUAUGCAUUCUUGUGCUUGAGAAAGGUAGUAUUAGACUCCUGUGAUGUUGGUGGCAUUCAUUUUGCAUGGAGAUUGAUUCCCUGGUGGUCUGCAAAGACAUAUACUUGUCAAAGACUCGGGGAUAGCUAUGAAUCCUAUGAUCCGACAAGUAAUUAGA